AUGAACUCAGAAGAGAUUAGCAGCAACAAUUUCGAUUUCUCUGGAUUUAUCUCAUUUUUAUUCCAAAAAAUUGGACGGAAAUUGAGUUUUUUAAAUCCAUUUAAACUUUCAUCUUCAUUACCUACAACCACAGAGUCGAGAUUGGAUUUUAGUAAUGAAGUUACAGACGAUUACGAAUCUUCAAGUGAAAAGGUGCCUUCUUCACCAGAAGAAGAGGAUAAUUCAUCAAAUGAAGCUUCUGAAUCACCAGAUGAAAAUGAAAAUAGUUCAACUGAAAAUAUUGGUUCUACAACUGAGAGUGAGGCGACAACUAGGAGUGGAAGUAUUAGCUAUUUACCUCCCAUAAGCAUACCUUCAUCUUUAUAUGAGCUGCCAAAGCUAGAUUGA